AAAAAAGUCGUUAAGACAAAGGGCUGGACAGUCAACAGGGACACAGGAGCAACGAGACUCAGUUUUUCUACUGGUUUAUGGCAGCCCAGGUGUGGCACCAGCGGUAGGACGAGGACAGGGAUUUUUCUGGCAGCCUUAUAUGCUCAGCAUAAAAUCACAGUUGGACUCUUAGUGAAUGUGACGCUCCAUGUUCUGCCGUUCAGUGAUGGAAAGACCUGUAAAGCUGUGGGUUUGGUAACUGGAUGGAAAGAGCUCACAAACCCAUAGGAUGGAGGAAGUGGAAACACACAGAGAGCCACAGAAGUUUAAGCCUGUAGCUUUUGGGUGUUGACAACACUGCUGUGGUGUUUUUGGAGGAAGUACCUUUCAUUUAGAAACACCUGAACUGUAUGCUCUUGGAAUUUUGGCCAGUGAUCCCUCCUUACACUUACAUUUUUUGCUCUCCUUUCCGGUGAUCUUUUUUCACAUCUGUCCUUUCAGGAGAAGAGGUGUUGCUGUGUUAAAGAGUGAGGGGUUAAAUUUACCUCACCUUCCCCUUAACCAUACACAAAGACAAAGUUCCUCUCCUCCUAGAGGUUGAGAGGUUGCUAUGGAAAUGGUUGUCAUGAUGCUGAUGUAGUGUCCUCAAGGGAGUAGUUGUGGAGGCAGUGGCGGAGCUGGAGCUGGGGACGUUGAACGCUCAGGCAUGGGAAGUGCUCCAUAUCCAGCAGGUGAGUUGAAGGGGAAGGGGCGAGGCAGCCUACAAGAGCUGGGCUGCAUGCCCUGGAAGGUCAGCAAGCAGAAAGGAGGAGGAGUAGGCGGAGGAGGUGAAGUGGUGGUAGGAGCAGAAGAGAGGAGGUGCAGGGAUCCCAGAGAUUAUCAGCAGCAGGAACUGUCAUCCUCUUCUUCCUCCCUGAUGCCCUCAGCACCUCCCCAGUCAUCUCUGUCACCUCUAGCUAUUUAUCAUGAGAAACAACGGAGGGAGCUGUGUGCUCUACAUGCACUCAAUAAUGUCUUCCAGGAUGGGACGGCCUUCAGUAGAGACACCUUACAGGAGAUUUACCAGAGGCUUUCUCCUAGCACUCUAGUGACACCUCACAAGAAGAGCAUGCUGGGAAAUGGGAACUAUGAUGUAAAUGUCAUUAUGGCUGCCCUGCAGACACGGGGUUUUGAGGCGGUUUGGUGGGAUAAGAGAAGGGAUGAAGGCAGCAUUGAGUUGUCCAAUGUGACAGGCUUCAUUCUGAACGUACCAUCCAAUCUGCGCUGGGGCCCUUUCCAGCUGCCACUCAAACGCCAGCACUGGAUAGGGGUCCGAGAGGUGGGAGGAAUCUAUUACAACUUGGACUCUAAGUUGCGUAACCCUCAGCCCAUUGGCAACCCAGAUGAGCUCAGGAAGUUUCUCCGCCAGCAGUUACGAGGAAAAAACUGUGAACUCUUAUUGGUUGUCUCGGAGGAAGUGGAAGCACACCAAACAUGGCGGUCUGAUGGCUAAGGGACAACUUCGGCUGGUGGCCAAAUUGGUGAAUCGGAGAAUGAGAGCAGGAAGUUGAGUCGUUCACAGCCAGUUACUAUGGAUCCACACUUACAGAUGUAUUUUUUUCCCCCAUUUUUUGGGUUUUGUUUACACGCUGCCAUUGCUGGACUCUUCACUAAUAAGACACAAAGCAAUGAAGGAAGCAAACACUUGACAGGGAGAAUCACAAAAUCACAACACAGUUAAGACUAUAUAUAAGACUAUAUAUAUAUAUAUAUAUAUAUAUAUAUAUAUAUAUAUAUAUAUAUAUAUAUGUGUGUGUGUAUGUGUGUGUGUGUGUGUAUGUAUGUAUAUAUGUGUGUGUGUGUGUGUGUAUAUAUAUAUAUAUAUAUAUAUAUAUACAUAUAUAGUACGACUUAAACAAUAAUUUUGAUCUGUUGAUUUUGUUUUGUUUUUUUCCUUUUUAUUGUUCCGGUUUCCAAAGUCAGAGGAGUUAAUACAGGCUGUAUGACAAAGAAAAAAAAAUGCUGUUGAUGUUUGCCUGUAUCUUCAGUGAGCCUCCCCACUACAGCCAUGUUGUUCACUGCUGUGGGUCUGUGUAUCUGUCUCUUUGUAAUCCUCUGUUCUUCACCAAAGUGUGCCCUUGAAGGUGACACCUCCAUCUCGUCCCUCUCUGGAUGUUUUUUCACAUCUCAAGUCAAAAACUGGUGAUUCGACUGUUGCCAGCUUUGUAUUUCACCCAUUUUCCAGACACCACCAGCACAGGGUGGGCUUCUAAUGAGUGCAGAGGUUGUGCACACACCACUGUUACAUAUGGCUACGAGCAAGGCAACACGCUCACCAAGCACUUCAUCUGGUGGAGGUUUGUCUCAGUUUCCUUCCAAGACACAGCAUUACAGUUAUUAGAUUAUCAUUAUAAAGUAAGUCAGCUUGCUAUUGAGGGGACAAUGCAAUAUUAAUUAUAGUCUUUCUAUGGAAUUAUAUGUAUCAUGAUACAGUAAUCAUCAAGUUGGGGGGAAGUCUGUUGCCUAAAUUAUUGAUGAAAGUUUUAAAAAUCCCUUAUAUGUAAAAGUGCACAAAAUUGUUAUAAAUAAAAGUUACAUGCGGUGGUUUUGGAAAAAAACAGAUGAACAAGCUAAUGCUGCAACUAAUGCUUAUUUUAGGCAUGCAUCGAUUAUGAAAUUCAGGACUGUGCUAAUAGUCCACUAUUGUUCUGGAUUUGACAAUAUUUAAAAUUUGACAGGGUGUUUUUUUUUUGUUUGUUUUUUUUGCCAAUGAAAAAGAAAUGUUCAUUAGUGUUUAAACACUGUCAACUCUUUGUUUCAGUCUUUGAUUGGAUACAAAUUAAAUCUUACAAAUGUAUGAAACAGCUUUUAAUCUAACAACAAAUAAAUAUCAGCUGCCACUGGUGAUAUGUCAUUGGAUACUGGCCAUACACCAAAUGACUUUUUGAGUAAAUUCAUUGUUAGAUGUUCAAUGUCAGAAUAAAAUCCCGAGUUUUUUGCUUGCUGGUGGAGACUGAGGAUGAACAGAGAGUAGUUUACUACACUCUGUUUUUCUCUUUUUCCUCUGUGACUAAACCAACUGUCUCCUCCUUUAAAUUCCCAAAGUAAAAUGAAUAUUCCACAAAUUUAACAUUUUCUUCACUAAAUCCAUAAAUCUGACCUAGUUUAAUUUACACUGUUAAGCCUUAAACUAAAAAGCAACUCAGAAGGAAUCGAGUUGCACAAAUAGUGACCCCACAAGAUUCCCAGCUCUGAUUUAUGAUGGCUGUGUUUAAUGGCUGUGUUUGAUGGAUUGGAAUUAGGAGGAUCUACUGUAAUUACAGAAAUUUAAUCUGUUUUCAUUUGUGUAUAAUCCCAUAACAAUAGGAGUGUUUCUUUUACCCAAAUGGCUGGUUUAUAUCUACAGAGGAAGCAGGUCCCAGGCCUCUUUACACAGCCUAGAUAAUUUGCUCCAAACUAGAUUGUGGAAACUCUCAAUUUGCAUUUCCUUUUUUUUCUCCAAAUGUUUCUUUUAAAUUAGCACAUCAUUGUAUUGAAACAUAGCUAUUAUCUUUACAUACAAGAUGGGAUCACUCUUUAGUUUUUGAGGUCAUCUAGUGUAUGGCAUUGUAAGGCAUUAUUUGCUGGUAGACUCAUACAGAUUUGCAUGAUUUGCAGUAUAUCUGUACAUCUCUAAUUUUAAUUUUCAGUUACUCUAUAAAUUGUUAUUUAGUCUUGAAAGUGACAAAUGUCAAAGUACUUGAGUUAGAUGGCCUAAUGGCUUAAUCUUUGCAGCUCUAAGACUAACUCAACGCAAUAUUAUAUUUCCUUUAUUUUGGGGGCUUUGACUAAAUCACUGGGUCCUGAGCAGCAUCUUAUUUUGGAAUGAUGAAGAUGUUGAAGCAAGUUUGAACAUGUAGCAUCUGUGAUAAUCAAAAGCUCCAGAACACUCAGUGGACCUUAGAUUGUCUUUCGACUACUCAUAAGGAGUUAUACAUUAAGAUUGUUUGUCUUUAUUACCUUGUCUUUGUUGUCACUCAUCUAGAGUCAUGGUAAGUUGUGUAAUGAUGCCACCACUAAAAAGGAUGGCCUGAAGUGUCUCCACAACAGCCCCCUGUAUCACUUCUUCUGAUAUAUCUUUGAUAAAAUCUGCCAAAAAGAUUUGAGUCUCACAAUGGGCAGUGGUCUGUAAGCUAGUUUUUGUGAGGGGAUGCUGGUUUGAGAAGGAGCGGAGGGACAACAGUGUCCCUAAGUUUAAAAAAAAGUCUGGAAAGGAAAAUGUGUUUGUGAACGUUAACAGACUGGCUUUAGCGAACACGUCCAGCCAGACAUGUGUUAGUGACUGAUGUGGUUGCUUAUUCUUGUGAAAUGAGCCCAUUCCACUAAUGUUGUAGCUCACAGAUCUUUUAAGCAAAGAAAAAUUGUUUAUAUUUGUAUGUGCAUUGUCUGUAAAUGAUAAUUUUGGCCUUAACUUGUUUACAUAAAAAUAAACCAUGAUGCUCUGAAUGACUAAGGGGUAGGCCUGUGCAGUUUGAUGCCAUUUCAAGAGUUUUGUUCUAAACAAUUCAUUCAUUUUAAGUUCAUCUCAUGUCCACUGAUGUACUUUUGCAGCCAAGGAAAUGUAUGUUAAUUAACUUGAAACUGUGUGAUCACUUGCAAAGUCUUAAGACAUGUUUUAGAGUGGUGAUGUGUUAUCACUCAGUCACCCCAUCAAGUCAUGGUUUUGUGUAAGUAAAUGUGCCCUGAAACAUCAGGUCUAAUACUCCAAUUUGGAAGAAUAAAAUUUUUGCCAUGACUAUCCAUUCAGCUCUAAUUAAGAAUCCUGAUUUUCACUUUUUUUUUUUUUUAUUGUUAUUUUUUGCAUAGAAAUAAAAUGAUCAUAAUGGCACCUUA